CUCUCUUCCAGGGUGAAUUUCCCGAGACGAGGCCAUCUCUAUUUAUGACGGAGUUCCCCCCAGCCUUCCAUUCCCCACGCCUCCAAGGACUGAGCCAAAGAAAGACUCCACCGUAGACGCCCAUCGAAGGAACAAGUCAGCGGUAGGGGAAGCUCAAAGGCUUGGCAGCUAUGAGUACCAUGAAGUUCUGCCGAGAAUGCAACAAUAUACUUUACCCAAAGGAAGACAGGGAGCAGAAGAUCCUCCUCUUUGCCUGCCGCAACUGUGACCAUCAGGAGGUUGCUGACAACAACUGUGUCUAUAGAAAUGAGGUACAUCACUCCAUUGGGGAGCGCACCCAAGUUCUGCAAGAUGUAGCAGCAGAUCCAACUCUUCCCCGUACUAAAUCUGUUCGAUGUGCUGUGUGCAACCAUCCAGAAGCUGUUUUCUUCCAGGCUACCAGCAGGGGAGAGGAAGGUAUGACGCUGUUCUUCGUCUGCUGCAACCCGAGCUGUGGCCAUAGAUGGAGAGAUUGAUGGAAGUCGGUUUUGCUCCCUUUCUAUGAGAAACGAGAAUGAUGGUAGUGAUGUUAGCUCUCCUCUUAGGAACUUGCUAAUAAAAUUCACAGGCAUGUUUAAGGUAUUGUUUUUUGAGUUAGCAGGAAAUGAUUUCAGUGCUGAGUGUUGAAUGUCUUUUUUUUUUCCUCUCUUUUUCAUGAAUAGCGGGGCUUGGAUGUUCUUUGAACAUCAUGAGCAAAUCUUGCUUGGUGUGUCUUGCCUUCUUUUGGUGAGUUUGGUGUACGUUGCUGAAUGCCAGUUUCUGAUGCCAUAAACGUACAGAUGAUAAGCGAAGGUAAUUUGAUAAAGAAUUUGGAGAUUUGUGCCCCUCA